AGUGAAGACAGAAUGAGCUGGGGAAGAGGCAGAUGGUAGGAAAUGGAGACGGAGAAAUGGCACUAGUGGCCCAGCCACCUGAGAUGGGAUACCUGGGAGGGACAUCUUUUCAAGUAGAGGCUGUGUUGGGGCAUGGUGAGAGAGGGUCUUAGCAGGUAACCUUCCUUUCCUCUCCAGACUGAGGAAUCAGAGUUCUGAUUGUGGAGUGCCUCUCUCUAGGACGGGGCUGCAGCAUAGGAGUCUCAGCUGCUUACAUCCAGGUCCAGGAUUAUGUCUGCUAACAGACGCUGGUGGGUACCACCUGACGACGAAGACUGUGUGUCUGAGAAGCUCCUGAGGAAGACUCGGGAAUCUCCGCUGGUGCCUAUAGGCUUAGGAGGCUGCUUGGUGGUAGCAGCAUACAGGAUUUACCGGCUGAGGUCUCGUGGUUCCACCAAGAUGUCCAUACACCUGAUUCACACCCGAGUGGCAGCACAGGCCUGUGCAGUGGGUGCAAUCAUGCUAGGUGCUGUGUACACAAUGUACAGCGAUUAUGUCAAGAGGAUGGCACAGGAUGCUGGAGAGAAGUAGGACUCCUAUAGGAGCCGGGGCUGUCCAACUCCCCUAACUCAAUCCCUGGUACAUUCCUAAUAAAGCAGUUUUGAGGAAAA